AUGGAACUUGAUCCGAGUGCGAUAGAAGUGAACCAGAUAACAGAUUUUAACUCGUAUCUGCAAAGCAUCGAUGUCACAGAUCCGCUAAUCAUUGGGCUCGUUGUGUUCCAUGUCGGCACCCUUGUGACAAUUCUCCUUACGCGAACCUUUACAAACUUGCAAAUUUUCAUUUUUUGUUGUCUGCUGUCGCUGGUGUACUUUUCGGAGAGCAUUAACGAGCUAGCCGCCCAAAAAUGGGCCUCCUUCACGCGCCAACAGUAUUUCGACAGUGACGGCAUGUUCAUGUCUAUCACGGUUUCCAUGCCCGUGCUCCUUAACUGCAUGCUCCUCAUCGGAUUGUGGCUCUACGAGUCGACCCAAACGAUGUCGCGAAUAAAAUCGUGCCAAGCAGCGGCGGCAAUCCGUCUCCAAAACGAAGUCAAAGUCGACAAUACGAAGAAGACGUCGUAA